AUGAGGAACAAAACUGUACCAAGAAUACUUAGGAAAAUGGCGGAUACAGAAUUAAAGGUGGUGCAAUUGCUGGUACAAAUCAUGUGUUACUUAGCGAUACCUAUAACGACGAGCAAUCCAGUUUUGAACGAUUUUGUUCCAACGGACACUGUAAGGCUACACCAAUCAGCUAUGUUUUGGGAAAAUUUAGCUACUCCCCGACCAAUGCAACCAUUCUGGGCCAGUACCGGAUUGUGUCCACCAGAACCACGUAAUGCCAGUGGAGGAUUUUUAUUGUCGCGAGAUUCUCAAAUGAACUUGGACCUGAUAGCAUCACUCACGAAUCGGAGUGUUAGCCAUGUACGAAUUCAUUGGCUGCUAGAGCUUGUCGAAGCUUCGUUUAAGAAUGAUCAUUAUCAGUAUAAUUUUACCACAUUAGACAUGUUUAUGGAUAACCUGUAUAAUAUCGGGCUAUAUCCUGGGUUUGAGCUAAUGGGCAUGCCACAGGGUUCAAUACAUCAGCCGUAUCCGGAUGCUUUUUGGAAGAGUUUAGUGCAACAGUUGCUUCGUAGAUAUUCAGGUCGUUAUGGGAUACAUUAUGUUGCCAAUUGGAGGUUUGAAACGUGGAAUGAGCCGGACCUGAGAAAUUAUAACAUGCUGAACUUCACCGUCAAUGACUAUUUGUCGUAUGUAACUGCUAUUCGAUCGGGCUUGGACGCAAUGGGAAAAACGCUUUUCUCUGCUGAAUCUGUGAACGGAGCUAGGAUUCAACGUUUCCCUUUAUACGGUCCCGCGGGCCUUUUCAAGUCCGAGUUACAGCAUCCUUUUUGCUGGACAGCAAUGGCGCUCUGCAAUACGCAGGAUGAACGUCGAUGUCCUUUCGACACCGUCACGUUCCAUCGAAAGGGAAGCGGCCGAUGGGCAUCGGAAGUUGAAAGUAGUGGUCGGCAACUGGUUGAAGAGCUGCUGCAUCGUUUCCCGAAUGCAAGACAUCUUAAGUUUGCUAAUGAUGAAGCGGAUCCCAUUGCCAGCUGGUCGACUGCCCGCCCAUUUCAAGCAGAUGUACGCUACGCAGCUAUGCUUUUCUCUAUCGUCAUUCAACACUGGUCAGCGAUUGCCAAGGGAAAUGUAUUUGGACGUUAUCUACGGUUCAUCUCCCAUGAUAACGCAUUUCUGAGCUAUUAUCCGUAUGUGUUCGAGCAACGUACGUUGCUUGCUCGAUUUCAGAUGAACCUCACCGACCCGCCGCAUGUACAAUAUAUUGUGAAGCCAGUGUUUUCCGCGCUAGGAAUGCUAGCAAAGCUAGGACCAUUUGCUUUGCCCACCAGGACGCUGGAAGGAAAUGUGUCUUAUGUGGCGUCGUUCGAUAAGCGUAUGAAAUAUCUUUGCCUCUUAGCAUCACGCUCGAACGAUAGCUCACCGAUGUGGGUGAAACGAUCGUAUUUCAAUUUGUCAAUUGCAUUGGAUAUGAUUGACGAUAAUCGGCCUCUUUUUUCGGACACCUCAAAAAUAAGUUAUCUGGUAGAAGUGCUCCAGCAAGGAUGGAAUGAUCCUUUUCGAUUGUGGCGAUUGCAGGGUAAACCGGCUUAUCCUUCUGCAUUGCAGUUGGCCGCCAUGCGUGCGGUUCAACUUCCCAGUGUUUUCCUAGGAGGACCUCGGAUUGUCCAACAGUAUAAGGAGAGAAACAUAUCUCUAUCCUUGAAUUUACGAGGCCCAUGGAUUGUCAGUGUAAGAGUAUGCAGUAAAGAUCAUCAACGCAUCGGACCAGUUGAAGGACUACGCGUGAAAAUAGUAUACAAGGACGAAGCAUUAGUACUUUGGAAAUCACCGCUAUUAGGAGAAACUAGGUGCAUUCACCAGUAUGAAGUGUGGUUUAAACCUAUUGUUUCUUCAUUUGACCACCCGCCGACGAUGCAAUGUAAAUGGCAUCAAAUCAACGUUAGAACCCAUACUCCAUUUAUGUUUUAUCAGCAUACCAGCAACAUGAGUAUAUUUAAAGAUCGCUUGAUUGCGCAUCGUCAAGGUUGUUCUGGCGGUGCAGGAUAUUACAAAGUACGCAGCAUCGAUUUCUUUGGUCGACGGAGUCCAUUUUCAACAACAGUGUACCACAACCCAGAGGAUACUACUUGA